AGGUCUGAAAACACACGCCACUGCGGAGGGUAGGUGAGAUGACGCUAGAUCGACCAGGUGCUCUGCUGUCUUAUCCAGACAGCGACGACAAGCGCGAGUCGUUGAGCAACGUUGUCACGGACGUCCUGAAGGGCUACGACUUCAACCUGCACGGUAUGUCGAAGACUGCAAGAUCCGACAAGCACGAGCACAUCAAACGGCCGAUGAACGCGUUCAUGGUGUGGGCACAGGCUGCACGACGGAAACUUGCAGACCAGUAUCCCAACCUCCACAACGCCGAUCUCAGCCGCACUCUGGGCAAGCUCUGGCGUGUGCUUUCCGACGACGAUAAACGUCCCUUCAUCGAGGAAGCAGAGCGGAUUCGUUUGCAGCACAAACGCGACCACCCGGACUACAAGUACCAGCCGAAACGCAAGCGUUCGGCUACUAAAAACGUUCCUACAGAGAAGCCGGUCAACUCUGUCAGGGAAUCAGCAGCUAAAAGGCAAAAGAGGCGACAGGCGUCGCGUUCGCUAACACCGGAUAUACCCGGUCUCAACACUCCACCAUCCACUCCAGACACGAUACCCAAUGCCAGUCCGUUCUCUGAUCACGCCAGCAGCACAUCCUCCACACCUAUCGACGAGCUAGCUCCUCCAUCCAUCGGCCUCCAUCUCGACGGCUUGGAAACGUUAGCCGCUGAGCUGUGCGCGGACGUCGACAAGACCGAACUGGAUGUCUACAUCAGUCCGACUCACACCUGUAAGAGAAAUCAUGACAUUCAGUCAUCAACCACCAUGCGACCAGCUUGUUCUCGCCCGGCUCAUCCCCCGCCUUUCGUGCAUGAUUCAUUACUCAGCGGUUGGAGUCUCCACGACGCUCUACCGACGCCCAUUUCGCCGCCCUCGCAUCAACCAUACCCGGACGACUCAGUGAAAUCCCCGCCAGCAAGUCAUCAAUUUCGUUCUUCUUGUGGGUUGUACGGAUUCGAAAGUCAAGCGUGUUACUAUUAUCAGGACCCUUCUAAUGCCGAUGACUAUUGUAGUUAUGGCGACGGCCCGACACUAAACUGGCAGUACUGUUGACUGUUGAAUUUUAGUGAAACUUGACGUAAUUAGGUAACCUUCUUGCACGAUUAGACACGAUCAGGACGGUAUUUAGAUCGUUUUUGUUGCUCGUUGUUGACAGCGGUGCAAGGCGGUAUACCUUAGAAGUGAUUUUCGAGCACUCACACACAAACACGAUGAUCACAAAUCGA